AUGAAGGUCUUAGCGCUCUUUCUACUAUUCACUGUAGCUUCAACAACAGCCUACUCGAUAGGCUCAGGACAUAAUCAAGGAUCACGUGGAAAAAGUGGACAAAAUGGAUUAGGUCUAGGAGUUGGUGUUGGAUUAGGUCUAGGAUUAGGAGGUCUUCUUGGAAACAAGCAAAGUAAUCCCGCUCAACAACCAGCUCAACAACCAGCACAACAACCAGCACAACAACCAGCUCAACAACCAGCUCAACAACCAAGCCCAGGAGCAGGUGCAGGAGCAGGUGCCGGAGCAGGAAAAGGUGCCGGAGUAGGAGCAGCAGUUGGUGUAGGAGCAGGAGCAAACGUUGGAGUAGGCGCAGGAGUAAGCGCAGGAGCAUCCGUAGGAGUAGCCACAGGAGUAGGAUUAGGAAACAAUGGGGGAGGAGCUCCCGGAGUAGGCUCAGGAGUAGGCGCAGGAUUAGGUUCAGGAGUAGGCUCAGGAAUAGUUACAGGUCCAGGAACUCAGCCAGGAGCUGGAGCCGGACAAGGAGCUGGAAUAGGUAGCGGAAUAGGAGCAGGAGUAGGUGCUGGAUUAGGAGUACUUGGAAAAGGAAUAGGAGCAAUAGGUCAAGGAAUUGGAGCAGUAGGUAAAGGAAUAGGAAACGGAAUAAGUUCAGGACUAGGAGAAAUAGGUAAAGGAGUAGGACAAAUUGGUUCUAAGAUCAGUGGAUUAGGUAAUGGAUUAGGUGGCCAAACCACUGCAAAACCAUCUAGUGGGUCGAACUCCGGAGGAGUAGGAGUAGGAGUAGGAAUACGCAGAAUGUUAUCCAAAGAUGGUUGA